AUGUCUGACGCUAUCAUCUCGUAUGCUGCUUUUAUUCUAGCCGACGCCGGUGUCGAGGUUUCUGCUGAAAACCUGCAAACGGUCGCCAAGGCCGCCGGCGCGCAGGUCGACGGCGUGUGGGCCAGCGUGUUCGCCCAGGCGCUUGAGGGUAAGGAGUUGAAGCAGAUCCUAUCUGGCUUCCACGCUGCAGGGCCAGCUGCAGGCGCCGCCGCCGGCGGCGCCGGCGCUGCUGCUGCCGGUGGCGAAGCCGCUGCCGAGGAGCAAGCCGCUGAGGAGGAGAAGGAGGAGUCCGACGACGACAUGGGUUUCGGCCUCUUCGACUAG